CAGAGUAGGCGCGCAUGGCGCUGCAUAUUAUCUGUCUUUGGCUGCAUAUUAUGUGAAAUAAAAGCGUACAUGAGUGAGUGAGUUCAGCGCAGCGCGGCGCCGACAUGGCACGGCAUGUUGCCGGUUAGUUGCUCUGCAAGUGUGUUGUGUGAUGUUUUUUGUGGCUUGGUUUUUAUGCCGAAAUAUCUCAUAAAAACUAACCGACCUACGGGCACAAGAUCCUUUCUUGGUACCUGGUGCAUGCAUCACCGUGCAUAAACUCCACAUCACUUUAAUUAUGAUAUUUUGAACAUCAGUGAUAACAGUGGCUGUCGAACUUUUGAGCAAUAAACUUUUUAUAGGUAAACGUGAAUUAUGUGUGGGUGCCUACGCGUCGUCCGCGCCUGCAAGCCGCUUCGGCCAUGGCACUGCCGGCUAUCUAGCUCGUCCUCCACAGCGGCGCCGCCGCCGGUGCCUGGCGUGCCCUAUACUAAACUGAGCAUUGGUGUGCCAAAGGAGAUAUGGCAAAACGAACGGCGGGUUGCUGCCGUACCAGCAGUAAUUAGUAAAUUAGUUAAAAAAGGUUUCACAGUAAAUGUUGAAGAAAAUGCAGGAGCUUUCGCAAAUUUUCCAAAUAAAUCAUAUGAAGAGGCUGGUGCUAAAGUUACUACACUGAAGGACACAUUCCAAUCAGAUAUAAUUUUAAAGGUACGCCCAUUGGUAGAUAGCGAAAUUAAAAAUGUCCGAGAUGAAGGGACACUCAUAUCUUUCUUAUAUCCUGCACAAAAUAAAAAUUUGAUCGACCAACUCGCGGCAAAAAAAGUAAAUGCUUUUGCAAUGGAUUGUAUUCCACGUAUAAGCCGAGCACAAGCAUUCGACGCACUCAGUUCCAUGGCCAAUGUGGCAGGUUACCGUGCUGUUAUAGAGGCUGCUGCUAACUUCCCAAGGUUCUUUUCUGGCCAGAUGACAGCCGCGGGCCGAGUGCCCCCGUGCCGCGUGCUGGUGGUGGGCGGCGGAGUGGCGGGCCUCGCUGCAGCUGCGCAGGCGCGCUGUAUGGGCGCCGCAGUCAGGGCCUUCGACACGCGCCCCGCUGUGCGCGAACAGAUUGAGAGUCUUGGCGCCCAGUUCAUAACCAUGGAUAUGAAGGAAGAAGGCGCCGGCGAAGGUGGAUAUGCAAAAGAGAUGAGCGAAGACUUUUUAAAUGCCGAAAGGGCGUUGCUGGGAAAAGAAGCCAGGACUUCCGAUGUCGUCAUCACCACUGCCCUCAUCCCCGGAAAACCAGCACCAAUGCUGAUUUUAGAGGAUGCAGUCCGAGAUAUGGCUCCCGGCAGUGUGAUAGUGGACUUAGCAGCAGAAAUGGGCGGCAACGUGCAGACCACGACGCCGGGACAAGUGGCCAAGGUCCACGGCGUCACGCACGUGGGGCUGACGGACUUGCCCAGCCGGAUGCCCGCGCAUGCGUCCACGCUGUACGCUAACAAUAUCUCCGGAUUUCUACUCAGUAUUGGUUCCAACGAUCACUUCCAUAUCAACCUGGAAGACGAGGUGACGCGCGGCGCGGUGGUGCUUAAAGCCGGCGAGUUGCUCUGGCCUCCCCCACCCCCUCCCAGCAUGGCCGUCACACAAACCCCUAAAGCCACGCCUGCUGCAACGAAGGCUGAACCACCGAAUCCAUUCAAUGAGACAUUAAAAGAUACUUUCUUAUAUUCCACAGGUUUAGCGAGCUUAAUCGGUUUGGGUAUAGCGUCACCCAAUCCAGCAUUCACCACAAUGACCACUACAUUAGCACUGUCAGGUGUAGUAGGAUACCACACAGUAUGGGGUGUAGUGCCCGCGCUGCAUUCUCCACUAAUGUCAGUCACCAACGCGGUGUCGGGCAUCACAGCCGUGGGAGGCCUGCUGCUCAUGGGCGGCGGCUACGUACCCGAGACUCCAGUGCAGUGGCUGGCGAGUACAGCAGCUCUCAUUUCGUUCAUUAACGUGUUUGGUGGAUUUUUGGUCACGCAGCGCAUGUUGGACAUGUUCAAAAGGCCAGGAGACCCACCGGAAUAUGGGUACUUAUAUGCAAUCCCAGCUGCGGCUCUGCUUGGAGGAUACAUUACAACAGCCAUGCAGGGUUUCCCUGAAGUCCACCAGAUGGCGUACUUGGCGUCUUCCCUGUGCUGCGUAGGUGCACUUGCUGGUCUUAGCUCCCAAAAAACGGCGCGAAAGGGCAACUAUCUCGGAAUGAUUGGAGUAGCGGGAGGUAUCGCGGCUACCCUGGGUUCAUUGACCCCGAGUGCGGAGGUCCUAGCACAAAUGUUAGGAGUGGCUGGUAUCGGAGGCGUCUUAGGAGCUACUAUUGCUAAGAAAAUUGAAAUCACUGACUUACCACAACUCGUGGCUGGAUUCCACAGUUUGGUGGGCAUGGCUGCAGUGUUGACAUGUAUCGCCACAUACAUGCACGAUUUCCCUGCUAUGGCCCUCGACCCUACCGCUACCACGCUGAAAACGUCACUUUUCCUGGGCACGUACAUUGGAGGAAUAACCUUCACGGGUUCGCUAGUGGCGUACGGCAAGCUGCAGGGUUCGCUGUCGUCGGCCCCCCUCCUGCUGCCCGGGCGGCACGCGCUCAACGCGGGGCUGCUGUGCGGCGCGCUCGGCUGCGGCGCCGCGCUGCUGGCGCUGCCCGCCGCGCCCGGCCUGCCGCUGCUGUCGGCCGCCGCCCUGCUCAGCGGCAUCCAGGGGCUCACGCUCACUGCUGCUAUUGGAGGAGCCGACAUGCCGGUGGUGAUCACGGUGCUGAACAGCUACUCGGGCUGGGCGCUGUGCGCGGAGGGGUUCAUGCUGAACAACUCGCUGAUGACUAUCGUCGGCGCGCUCAUCGGCAGCUCAGGUGCCAUCUUGUCUUACAUCAUGUGCAAGGCUAUGAAUCGAUCUCUGCCUAAUGUAAUCUUGGGCGGUUACGGUGUGACGAGCGGCGGCACGGCGCGGCCGGCAGGCGCCACUCACACCGAGCUCAACGUGGACUCCGUGGCCGAUCUCAUCCACCGCGCCUCCAACAUCAUCAUCACGCCUGGUUACGGUCUGUGUGUAGCUAAGGCUCAGUAUCCUAUUGCGGAGUUGGUGGAGUUGCUGAAGUCAAACGGCAAGAGAGUGCGGUUCGCGAUACAUCCCGUGGCGGGUCGUAUGCCUGGCCAACUAAACGUUUUGCUGGCCGAAGCCGGCGUGCCCUACGACGAUGUCUUUGAAAUGGAGGAGAUUAACGAUGAGUUCCCCGACACUGAUCUGGUUUUAGUUAUUGGUGCUAAUGACACGGUGAACAGCGCAGCCGAAGACGACCCGAACUCGCCGAUCGCGGGGAUGCCGGUGCUCAAAGUCUGGAAGUCCAACCAGGUAGUAGUAAUGAAGCGGUCCAUGGGAGUGGGCUACGCCGCAGUAGACAACCCUAUCUUCUACAACCCCAACACGGCCAUGUUGCUCGGCGACGCCAAGAAGACUUGUGACGCCCUAUUAGAACGCGUCAAACACUUGACUGCUUAAAUAGUACUGUUUUAUUGUGCUUUUUUAUCUGAAAUAAAAUUAUGAAAUUAAACAUAACAUUUUGUCUAGGACUCGAAAUUUUUUUAAUAUAAUUCUAAAAUAUGUUAUACUUAUAAUAUCGACUUCAGAAUUUUUUACCAAUGUGUUCAAAAUUGUUACCUAAAAAACUGUAUUUGUAAUGAAUUUCUUUGUGCCUUAAAAUAACUGAAACGGUGAAAUUAUUUUUGAGACUUUAGACUAGUCUUUUAUAGAUUAUUUUAAUUAGGACAAUUUACAAUUUUAGUAAAGCGGUACAUACCGUUUUUAUAUAUCUUAGUCAACUAUUUUAAUAUUGAGAUUUUUUAAACUAUGUAUUAUGUGGUUUGAAUGAUGCAUUUUAAAUUUAGGUUUUGUAUUGGUUAUUAACGAGAUUGUCCCCAUUAACAGUUUACCUCCCAUAACAUUCCAAGUUAACUAUGUUUUAAAUGUUACCCCCGACAGCUGAAUGCUUUUUUGUUUCAUAAUAUUCCCCAUUUUUCUGGCCACAUAGUUAAUUUUACAUUUUUAUGUCAUUCCAGCUAUUGUGAAAAUUAACAUGUAAUUUAAGUAGUCCAACGCUAGAUAGCGGUAGUCGUAAGAAAACAAUUGAGAGUCAAAAUUAUGAAAUUAUUUUGUUGGAAGAAUCACGUCAUUUCUAUUGAUAAAAUGUAAAUGUUAAUUUUUACUUAUUUUUAUUUAAAAUUAAUUAUUAAUGAAUUCCUAGAAAAAAUUAAAUAAAUUUGGGUACAUACAAA